UAACAAUUCAACCACAAAAAAAACAACAGCAGCAUGUUGGAGGUAUAAAUAUUAUUAUAGACAAGAAGAUGAUUCUGAAUUUAAUAGAGAAGUAAAAAUGUUGAGUCAAAAAAUCAAGAAACGAACAAAUGAAUAUGAUGCUAUCAAAACCUCAUUAGAAAAAUUGAUAAGAUCUAAUACUAACAAAAAACAUAUUUUACAAUACCUUAACAUGUACAAAAGAGGAAUCAUUCAUAUGAAUGCAUUUGAGUAUGAGCUGCCAUUCAUUACAGAUGACCUGAUUAAUCAUGAAAUUGGACCGAUUCCAACAUUGUUUACCAUUUCAGAAACGUUGCCAAUAUUUUUUACAAGUUUAGAAAAGGAAAAUUUUUUAACAUGGAAAGAUCUUGGAAAUUGGGCAAGACGUUUUUAUUAUUCUGAUUUUGUGGGAAAGUUUUGGCCGAACAGAACUUCUGAAGAGACAAAAAUUAUAGACUACUUACACAAACCAUACAAAAAAGAUCACAUAGAAGGUGAUGUACAUAGCUGUCAUGUUAUACCAUUAACUAAUAUAUUAUGCAAGUUUUGUUUGAUAGUAAGUGGUGAAUGUUAUUCAAAAGCAACAAAAUAUAGGAAUAUGCUUACAAAAUCAAGUUCAAACAAUGCCCAUGGGUCAAAGACUGAUAUUGGUGGUGACAUUGAUGGUUAUGAAGUAUUCACCAUGGAGAACAGCUUUAAAUAUAACAAUGGUACAAAAAAAUAUAUUAAAGAUGAAUUAAAAAUUGCUAAUUAUGGUUGUGAUGACUUAUUUGAUAGAUUGAAAAGCUUGCGCACUUGGAGAAUGCAGUUAUCUGGUGAGCAAGAUGGACAUGAUGGAUUCCAUGUGAAUGUUUAUAGCACUCGACAACCAACUCCUGGUGUUUUUUUUUUCUUGUUAAUUGACAUGGUUCCAUUACCAAAAAAAGAGGAUGAACCAAAUUUUGAAUCAUUAACCAAAAUUGUAGAGUUGAUGAUUAGAUUAGUGUUUGGAAUAUGUCAAACCAUCAAAACAUAUGAUCUAUUAAAACAUGAAAUUAAUGAAAAAAGAUGUGGUAAUUAUAUUUUAGUUGAUAAUAAUAAUAGAAGAACAUAUUUAGAUGAAUCAAAACUUUCAUUGCCACAAGCUAAAAAAAAAAAAUAA